AUGAAUAGACAGCCAACCGACGCGCGUCACUCCCCGCACUCCCACUCCCUUCACGAUCGAAGUCCUCCACCUCGCGCGCGCGCGCGGACGAGGAUGCUCAUCAUCGACAUCAUCGACCACGUCGCCGCGCGGCGUCUCUUCCCCGAGCUCCGCGCCGCGCACGUCGAAUGUUUUCCGAACGAUGUCCCGAACGACGAGUGCGUCCCGAACGAUGGCGAGACCGAGGACGCCUUCUUCGAUCGCGUCACCUGGCUCCACGAAGAGCGCGAAACAACGUGGUUCGUCCUGCGCGAGCUCGAUGCGCGCGGACGUCGCGGUGCGAUCGUCGGUUUUGCGUGUGGGUGCGCGUACGCGGAUAGCUGGUACGGCGCGCACCUGGGCGUCGUCCCGAGACGGCGAGGCGAAGGGCUUGGAUCGUAUCUCAUGUACGUUUCGCAGGCGCACGCGGGGAAAUUAGGUAUCACUCGGUUGCAGGCGAGCGUGGAGGUGGAUGGGAAGAUCGGGCGAGGACGGUUGCUGAAGUAUUACGAAAGGCACGGUGCUCGCGCGGUGGAGACGGGCUUUGGGAGCACAGGGUCGGUGGCGGCGAGCGUGAUUCGGAUAGAGAGAGCGUUUACGUUAGAGGUGGCGUUGAGGGAACUAGAAGAUUCAGAGCGACGAGUGCGUGGAUCAGCGCACUCGAGGAGUCGAAGCAAUCGGUGGUUUGUCGCGGCGGCGAUGACGGUUGUUUGCGUCGUCCUUCAAAAGCUGAGGUCUAGAAGGAAAUAG